AUGUCUUCGGUGUAUGUGAAAGAGGUAACAAGCAGCAGCGGUGGUGGAAGCAGCAGAUGGUAUCCGACGCCGGAUCAGUUGAUGUUGUUACAAAGAAUGUAUAGAGGCGGCCUGAAAACUCCAUCUGCAGCUCAAGUACAGCAAAUAACAGAAAGAUUAUCCAGUUUCGGCCACAUACAAGGCAAGAAUGUCUUCUACUGGUUUCAAAAUCGCAAAGCUCGCGAGCGACAAAAGCUUCGGAAGAAGUUCAUGAAUUUGUUCCAGCAACAUCACCUUUAUCCUGCUCAUCAUCAGCCCGGUCUUCCUCUUCAUCAUGUUAGUGGACUUGAAGAUGCAUCAAGCUGGAAGGGGGAUCUCCCAUCUGCUCAAACCUGCAACCUCAUCUGCGAUUGUCGAUUUGUGACUAUGAUGAUGAUGGAUCCUGGUGAUAUCGCUCCAUAUUGCACAAGAGUACCACCCAAAACCCUACAACUCUUCCCAGUCACAACCACUAUCUCCGCUGAUCUCAAACAAGACGAUGUCCAGCAAUCUCUAGCCCAAUUUUGA